AGACUGAACGUCAAGACGUCACUUGACGACGGCAUUAACAAAUUGAUGCUGGUCACAAACAAAAGACAGCGAAAAUAUUCUUCACAGCCAAAAAAUGGCUGAAAAGGUAGAGAAAAAUUCAUUAUCGUCUGUUUUGGAUGCCAAAAACAUUCACCUAGUAAAAGUUGAAACGGUCGUCAAAUUCAGAGACGAAAGCAAUACGAAGAACGAAAGUGAAAAGGAAAGAUUAGAAAGAAUCUCGGAAAUAUACUUAGCAAAACUUGGAAACCGUGAAGAUAGAAGAGAAAAGAACGAAGAGUUAAGGAAAAAAGAUAAGAUGUUGUCAAAAAGACAGCAAAAGAAAACAGCAAAGAAGAGCAGAAAAAGGAAAAAGGCUGAGAAAAAGCAGAGAGCCAAUAAAGAAGUCUCUCAGAAUGAUGAUCACGAUGUCCAUAAGCCAUAUGAAGCUUUCCUUGAAAUCGAAGUUGCAGACGACAAAAAAGAACGCGGAAAGUUCCCAAGCUGCUUUGGAUUUAUCAUGGCAUGGUUUGAGAAAAGGAAAGAGAAAAGGCUUUUGAAGAAAAUCGAUGAAGAUCCACACAAGUUGUGUGUAAGUUCUAGUGACAUUUUGAUUGAGAUACCAAAUGCGCCACGUGCUAAUGUUGCAGACAUCUUGACCGGAAAUGGACUAAAAGAAGACGUCUUGGAAAUUGAUGACGUCGAAAUAAUUUCUUAUUAGAUUUUGUGCUGAUGGACAAAAACCACACGACAAAAACCUUUAAAAGACAUUGAUCACGUGACCAGCCGUUUACUUGAUUGUGUGGUGGAAUUUUGUCAGUACCUUUUGCAAUAAGAAUGAAAUUAUCAUCUAAAAAGAUAGAAAUAUAUAAAGUUUGAAAGUUUACAUUAAAGAGAAGAAAGUAUACAUUAAAGAGAAAAAACUUCUGUAUUUUAUUUGU